AAAAUUGUUUGUCGCGUCAUUUGUAGUCGUGGAUACGCGAAGCGUAGAAAUGACGAUUGUUUGGGGCAGAAUAUGCAAGUGUGUCACUUACUCAGAUGUAAACCAAACGCGAGGUUCUUCAGUUCAAAAUAAUUUAUAUUUGACUGAAGACGCCAAUUGAAAAGUGCACGAGGGGACGAAUGGUGAAUGAAAAUGUACCUUUGAAUUAAAAUUUUAAAAAGUCCUUUGUCGCGUUCAUUUUUAGUCGUGGAUACGCGAAGCGUAGACACGACGAUUGUUAUGGGGCAGAAUAAUGCAAAUGUGGAGAUGUAAACUUUUGGCCUAUUACAUAGAGAGCCUGGGUACGAGUUUCUCGAAGACCUCGAAAGUUGAGAGCGGCCAUUUUGGCGGUUCACGCGGUUCGCUUGUGUAAAUAUGAAGUAUUUUGCCUAUGGGCUUUUGCUCACACGUAGAUGAAAGUUGUGAUACCUGCGUGCUGUGUCCAACAGGAUAGGUUUCCAACUUGCGAGCACGGAAUGACUAGUCGACUUCUCGACUGAAACCACACCUCUGGACGUGAAAGUAAAACAAGCACUAAGAGGAGCGCGCGAAACUCUCCACCCAGCUUAGGAAUGCGUGAUUGCCGUUUGCGAUCAUUCCGAUUUCAAAAUAGACGUUUUAUUAUCUUGUUUUAGCGCAGAUCUCGGAUUUUUCUAAGAAACAAGUCGAUACCUAUGUCCUUAUUUACUUGUCCUAUCGUUACCCGAAUUGUUCACAGCCGGGUUGUUCUCAGGAAAGACUUUUCCGCUUGCCACCCCACUUGAAUGUUUUCUCAAAUUGCAUUCCUCUCUUAUUUGUCUCCGCAUACUUCAACAUGGUAACUGUAUCUAAAUGUCUCACAAGCAACGGUGAAGAAGGAAUUGUAAGGCGUAUUACAUCGUUCAGCACCGUUUAUCCUGUUUUUCGGUUGCCACAAAAGAUUUCGGUACAGUACAGUUCUGAAAUGUCCUGAGUGGUGAGAACCACAGAGCCCAGUAAUGCUUGAAUCAAACCGUUUGAAGGAACGUUGCCAUCUUCUCAAGCGAUCUUUCAGUCUUAUGGCUUCAAGAAACUUGUUCACGUGAAAUGGCGAUCUUGCUCAAUGUCUAACCAAAUCUCGCAGUAUCCUUUUAAAUCUUCGCUCGCAUUGGUAAAGGUCAGCAAACCUGACGCGAAGUGGAUACAGCUCAAAUUGAACUAAACGUCGGUUGAGAAAUUUGAAAAUGUAAUUUGGCUAAGGUGCGCAUGGACAAAGGAAACUGCGUCGUUAAUUUUGAAUUUCAUUAUCAAAUGUAUGAAUUUCUCGCGCAUAGCAAGGAAUUAAUAAUAAGUUUUGUAAAGAACCAAAUCAGCGUAAUAAAGUUUUCAUUGCAUCGUUUACGUAACACGCAAAAUAUUACUUCAGAGACCACUGAUUGCCUCUUAAUUCCCUUGGCGUUAGUUUCUAAAUAUCCUGGUGCAUUUUUUUUUUUAUCUCGCUUUUGGCCGCAUCACACUUAAAACGGGAGAUGGAGACAUGCCGUUGCCACAAGUGUUAGACACACGUAGUCCGGCGAACGGAGAAUCCCACGAAGUCAAAUCGCUCGACUUUCGGCCAAAGCGAUUUGAUGUUACACAAGCAUCCAUGAUGGUACAUGUAUAUAAGGAUAUUUUUACACGGCGUAUCUAUGCACGAUAGAAAAAUUCUAUGUGAGCUUUGGCAAGAAAAAAGAAAAGCGAGACUGGCUGUCGACGAGACUGCGCAUGACCGGGGAUAUUACAUAUUCGUUUCAGCAAUUCUUUAUUUCUUUCAAAGGCACAAGGUAUAAGGCUCCUGGACUUAGCAAUUAAAAACUAAACUUAUGACAGAUGAAGCGUUUCAAGUACAAGUGUCAAGUAGUGUGGCUACUACACCCACCCCACCCCCUCCCUAAACUGGAUGGAAUACUAGUCCGUUGCGCCUGUGCUUGGUUGUAUUUUUUUUCAUGUAGAGAAAUCUUUCUGCGACUGAAACAACGUGAGAAAAAUUCUCUGAUAAGUUCUAUGUAAAACACUUAAACUUAUUCAUAGUUUGGAUUGGCUAUAUUUAAAGUUCUUUUCACUCAGUCAAGAAGUAGUGCGAGACCUUCCGGCCUGACAGGUGAAAUAUAUGAUUUCUCAAAAUAGUAACCCUGGAAACAGCCGAAAAGACUUGUUUCUUCACUUUAUCGUAGGUUGAUGUCUGCUCUGAAGACGGGGUUAAGUUAUUCAACCAUUGCUGACCGUCAGAUGAUAGAUCUGACGAAGAUGAUAACUUCCCAUGGUCGGUGAUCCGCCGCAGUACGGAAUUUUUUCCCCGUUUCUCAGUUUCUCGUUACUUCGUCAGUCAUUACUCUUCAUUUCGUUACUCUGUUCAGUAACAAAAUCUCUCUUUCAGCGACCUCAUUUUCACUCACGGUGAACUUGGGCUCGAUGGAGAGGUCUGGGUCUGCGAUGACGUAAUUGGCUUUAUUUGUAAUAAAUAAUGAUAUUCACAAGUUUGUAAAGAUGAUGUCAACAGGGAAGAGCUUAAAAUUUUGACCGCACUUCCCAUCGCCCUGACGCCGAAAUUUUAAAUUUGGAAUGAAACCAGACCAAAAAUGAGUUUGAAGAAAAAACAAUAUAUACAUUAUAAAAAUUUUGUUCAGGUGAUGGGCUCCUGAACAACUUAACUUAAAAUGCAUUAAAAUAAUAUUCACAAGUUGCAAAGAGAGUUCCAACAGGAAAGAACUUAAAAUUCUCUCUGCACUUCCCACCGCCCUGACGCGGAAAAACAUUCCAUUUGGAAUGAAACCCGAAACUAUUAUUCAGCGGAACGUCGAACAGAGAAGUAAAUUGACUCAGAAGAAAAUAUUGUUAUUUUGUUACAACAACUUUAUUUGUCCAAAUUAAGCUGACAACCAAACCUAAGGGAGGAAAACUUAUCAAACUAUGAAAUAGAGUUAUUGGAAAUAAAUAAAAAUAUUUUAUUCAGAGUAAUUUUACUUCCCGGCUCCGUAGAAUACUCGUCUCGGGUCUCGUUCCAAAUUUCGUGUCAGCAAUGCUGGAAGUGGGUUUUUCUUUACCCGCCCAUGAUUCCCCGCGGUCCCGAGAUUGAGUAACCCACGAAGAAUAUGGCUCUCGUUGAAAAAUUUGUGGAGUUUCUUGUGUCUUUUAUAGCAAAUUUAUCCUACAGUUCUAUAGCCUUGACAAUCUUUGUUGCAGUGAUAAUACCGCUGAUCAUCUUUAGAAUUCGUUCAAAGGUUAGCAACCGCGGGGAAAACCCUCUUGCCUUCGACUGUCGUAGGUCGGCGGAGCCACUAGUGUUGGACCAGGCACAGCGUGACAAAGUCCUCAAGCAAGGGUUCGUGUCGCGGAAAGUUCCCGAGAAUCUCGAUGCCAUCGUCAUCGGAAGCGGUAUCGGAGGUCUAUCCACUGCAGCCCUUCUGGCAAAGGCCGGGAAGAAGGUGUUGGUUUUAGAACAACACGAUCAAGCGGGAGGCUGUUGCCAUUCGUUUAUCGACAAAGGUUAUGAGUUUGACACUGGUAUUCAUUACAUUGGUGAGAUGGACUGUGAUGGAUCAAUGCGACUACUCUCCGACCAGUUAACAGAGGGUCAACUGCAAUGGGUUCCUCUUGAAAAGGAGUAUGACACUGUGGUUAUUGGAGAUGCAGAGAAUGCCAGAAGAUACCCAGUCUGUGGUGGGCGACAAGAUGAAUAUAAGAAGGCGUUGUACAAGAGUUUUCCCAAAGAGAAGAAAGCCAUUGAUCAGUAUUUGAACUUUCUCAAAGUAAGUCUUGAGUUUGUGAUCAUGCAGGAAUGCAGUGGGGUUUGAAAGUGGCCUAUGAAGCAAUUGUGAGGCCAUAGAAAACCAACACGUGUAUUAAUUGUAAACACACAAGGAUAAUAUUCUACAUCUAGAACAGAAUUAAAAUAACAGAAAUUGUUGAACUUUCCUGAUGUCAUCUGGAAUCAGCAACAGUCACGUCAGAUGAAUUGCCAUUCGAGAAUGCAAUUUUUGCUCAGAUUUCGAUUGAUGU